AUGGCGGCCGAGGCAGAUCUAUCGGAGGGCCGCAUGGCCGACAUCAUCCGUGCCCUUGAGCUCAUCCAUAGCCCCUCCUCGACAAAUGAGCUGCGCAGGGAGGCCUUGACCUUUGUGGAAGCUCAGAAAGAAAGCAAAUCUGCUGCUCGUAAUGGUUUCCUGCUGGCUUCCCCAGAACAGAGCAACCCCUUGGUUCGCUACUUCGGCUUGGGUCUGCUAGAUCACGUCUUGCGUCACACCUCCUUUGAGGCUUCAGAACAGAUUGACGCCCUUAGGGGUCUGGUCCUCAAGCUGGCAGAAUCAGUACGCCCAGAAGAUCCUCCGUAUAUACGCAACAAAAUCACUCAAUUAUGGGCCGAAGUCGCCAAACGGAGCUGGGGCUUGGACUGGAACGACAUGGACGCCACGCUCGUUCAGUUCUGGGGUGCUAGUCUUGUUCACAAGGAAUUAGUCCUGUCAAUUCUGGAAACCCUGUCCGAGGAUAUAUUCUACCGUGAAGACACCGUUUCUUCCCUGCGCGGCACGGAUCUCAAUCGGGCUCUGGUGGAGAUUUGCACUCCCCUGUCUGUCUUCGAGGAGAUUCACCCAAAGAAGGAUAGUGUUGAACUGCGCUGUGGACCGGAAGGUUGGCUUUCCCGCAUCUGUGGCUUCCUUGCCGAUUGUAUCGGGAACAUCCAAAACUCGAAGCAAGCAAAAGACUCCGCCCUCAAAGCUCUCGCGACUCUCAAGUCCGUCCUUGCAUGGUCUAUCCCCAAGGCAAUUCUCUCUGCCAACUGCGUUCCUUCAAUUGCGAGGGCCUUCACCUGUAACGACGAAUAUGUGUUGCUGGCCGCGGUUGAAGCUCUGCAUGCCUUGUACAGUCGUUCCAAUGUCGACAUCGAGGGUUUCCAACCACUUGUCCACGUCAUGUACGAAACGGAGUCCUUGAAUGUGCUGCAGAAACUUUAUGAAUGGUCCGUCGUUGGGCCUGACGAUGUCGACGAUCUACGGUACACCAUAUGUAAGAAGCUGUCUGAGGUAUUAUCGUAUGUUGCGGGGUUCCUUGAGGAAAAGUCUUUUGCCCUGGAAAGCGUACAGGGUCUUAACCUUCCGUUCUUCUUCCACCUCACCGUCAGCGUUAUUCAGAACCAAAGUCUUACUGUUUCGAUUCCCGUUCUUCAUGUGUGGUCUAAGUUAAUCGCAUCGGAGAGGAUCGGAAAUACAGACUUGGUCACUGGCCUUGUGCCUUCGCUGCUGAGUAUUUGUACCGAACGAUUGAUUCGUUGGGAGUCUUUUCCAUCUGAUUCAGAAAAUGCCACGGUUGUUUUCCUGAACGAGGACAUCGACACUAUUCCCGAGAGACAUGCUUUCGUUGGUAAUUACAGGCGCUACUGCUCAUCUAUCAUUGAGAGCAUCGUACAGAAGAGACCACAGGAAGCAAUUCUUCAUAUCUUAUCCGAAGUUGACUCUAACCUAGACAAUCUCUACGCCGGAGUGGAGCCUUUUAGCGUCAAGUCGUUUUCGAAGAACUCGAUGCCCCUGAUGCGUGCCGACACGCAGUUUGCAGUCGUUGAGGCAACGUUGAAGGGAUACAAUAAAUGGGUAUCUGCGCAUGGAAGGAUGCCCCAGCAGGAUGUGCGCAACAUGGGUCCAAUUGCCUUUCUUCAGCUAACGUCAAUUCACCUAACUUACAUUACACUACAGGAUCCCAUCCUCAAGCAGCGAGUCAUCAAGCUUGUUGUUGAUAUAUCAUCCAAGGCUCUGGAUAAAACCCCCAGCUUUGCACUCAAGGCCCUAGAGUAUAUUCUCAUGACACGUCUACCUGACCAGCCGGAAUACCCAGUGUACUCCGAGUCUGUCAAGGAACUUCACGGCUUGACCAGCCAUGAACUCCGGAGGUUGGCUAUGCGUUAUGCUGACUACUUUGCUACCUUCUAUGACAUACUCGAGCCUAAAAUCAAGGAGAUCAGCAUGGCUAACCGGGUAGACGAUAAGCUCCAAAUGGAGCUUACCUCGAUCCUGCUCAUCAUCAUGCAACGUGCAAACAACGUCGAACCAUAUCUCCGCCAAUCUCGACUUGUGUCUUUCGUGGAGCCCAUCAAAAAUGCUUGGCAGGAAGAGGAGUUCCGUAACAUGAGCUCAACCUUUGAAGGCUUCUGCGUAAUGCUCGGACUGCAGAGUGUCGGUCCAUACAUGCAAGCACGACAGGCGCCGAAGCUUGAGGACUGGUCAUCGGUGCCUCUGGAUAGCGAGGGAAAGCUCAUCCAGGAAGAAAUGACCAGGAAGUUCCAACAACUGCCUUUGAGAGGCACCAAGACUAUGUUGGCUGUUUCCUCGGACAAGCUGAAAAAGACAGAUCAGGCGUACGAACUGGCCUGCAAUAUCUGGCAUGACAUCAUUCCAACAAUUCUGCCAACGUUACUGCAGCUUGUCAGUAAUGCACAUGCCUUCCACAAUCCGGAGAACUGGGGUGGUUUGCCUCAUGACAUGCGCGGUGUCGUCGAGCGUAUCCUAACCGAUAGAUUUUGGCAAGCUGGAAUCUCCACUGGAAGCCGGGAUGAAUUCUAUGCUAAGAUCACGGCCUCGAGAGCCUCGCUUGAGGGAUUUGCAUCCUCAGUAAGAGGCAAGAUUCGGGCAGUUAGAGAAUCCUGCUAUUCCAUGUUGUUCAGCAUGAGUAGGCUGCGAGAGCAUUUCUAUGGGUUUGCAGAACUUCCCGGCCCCCUUGCCCAGGCGCUGUUCAAAGACUCUCCCCAUCUUUCCUCUCAUCAAUUCUCCGUCCUUCUCAACAUCUCAAGAUGCUUAAUUGAUGACUGCCCCGUCCGCUUCCGGGCCCAAUUCCUGCCUCCAAUGCUCUCCACUCUCUUCACAAACAUUGACAAGAAAGUGACAUCUGAGUGGGACGCCAUUGAACGCCAGAAGGAAGGCCUUGGAGAAGGGGAUCUAACCGAUGAAAUGAAAUCGGAGAGUAUUCUACGGCAGUUGACGUACUCCGCAGUGAUCUUUGUGGCUAGCCUCCUUGACCCGCAGAGAGGGGACCCCGACGACGAGCCAGUAGAUCCCAGUGUGCCACAGGCGGCACCGGCGCUCUCUGACUCCAUCCGGCACUUUGUCCUCUCUUCUCCGGAGAUCUUCGAGCCGGUGAUGCUCUUCUGCACUCAUGCCCUCCGUAUGCGUGAUACGCGGUGCUGCAGCAUCAUCACUCGGGUCAUUCGCUCCAUCCUUCAAGACUUUGCGCCUCCCAAUGAUACAGCAACAACCGUAACGAUCCGCGAGUUCAUCUCUUCCGAGGUGCUCAAGGCCUGCAUCACAUCUGUGCAUGAACCUUACUUCGUUGACAUGCAAAAAGAUCUCGCCCAGCUCAUUGCUUCUAUCUGGAUACUGUAUGGAUCGUCCAGCCCCACCCCGCGGGCUGUGAUGCUCAGUCUUCCAGGCUUGGAUGAACAACGGGUUGCCAACGCAGAGGCCGCACUUAUCCGUUCUUCGGCGGCGCGACAGCAGCGUGCCUUGAUUUUGGAUCUUCUGGAAGGCCUGAGGGGUGUGAGUAUUGCCGAGCAGGGUAAGAUCCUGGGCUCUCGUGAAGAACGCCGGAAGGCCAGGAGUGCGCUACAAGAAAGGUACAUGAGUACUGGUGAGAUGGAGGGCCAACAGAAUCACAAGGUUGAUAUCAACGAUGGCCCGGACCUUGCCGGUGUCGCGGACUUGUUCGGUUAA